AUGGCCAAGAGGCGCGCGGCGGAGCCGUUGGCAUUCCACGUGCCCUGGAAGCGGCUCCUGCCCUGCGACCGCCUGGACGACCCCGAGCCGCUGCCGCCACCGCCGUGGGUGCCACCGGGGCUCGGGCCGCGGCUGUCAGUGAACGGCUCCGAGCUGCGCCGCAAGCGGAAACGGGAGGACGGGACUAUGGCGGAGCUCCUGGCCUCCCCCAGCAAGCGCUCUGGCGACGCCGCGGGGCCCGACAGCCCGGCCCCUGGGGACGGGACCCGCAUGGACACUGGGGAGCCCAAGCCACCAGCCGAGCCGCGCGGCUCCGCGGAGGAGGAGCCUGGACCGCGACCGCUGCUUCAUCCCCGUGCCUCGGAGUCCGAGCGGGGUGCUGGGGAAGACGCACCGCGGCCCAGAGACGCCAGGCCCCGGGAGGAGGAGCUCAUUGAAGAAUUUUGGCAAUAUAACACAUUCCAGUACUGGAGAAAUCCUUUGCCUUCCAUUGAUCUGUCAGAGAUUGAGAAACUGACUGAAGCAACUCUUGCCAGCAAGGAUGAAGGUGUUGAAAUUGACAUGGAAUCUUGA